GAGAAAUAGAAACAGCAAAAGAAUUUUCUUUCAGAGAAACACUGUUGCUGCUACUUGGUCCACUCCCAUUCGCUUUUUUUUCUUACAAGCCAAUUACAUCUGAGAUACUGCUCAUCUUCGUUACUGUGCCUCUAGGAUAUUGGUCUCUCAAACGUCCUUCGUUUCAAUUCUCAGCUAUGAAGCUUCUAUCUACACUUUUAUCUUUUACUUCACUUGCUCUCUCUGCAGCAGCUGCAUCCACUCCUAUCACUAUCAGGGGUAAUGCCUUCUGGAAAGGCAACGAGAGAUUCUAUGUUAGAGGUGUUGACUAUCAGCCUGGUGGAACCUCCAACCUAACUGACCCAUUGUUCGAUGUAACCACUUGUCAAAGAGACAUCGAGGUCUUUGAAGACUUGGGUAUCAACACCAUUAGAGUCUACACCAUCGACAACUCUCAGAACCACGAUGAGUGUAUGCAAUUGCUAGAAGAUGCAGGUAUCUAUCUUAUCUUAGAUGUCAACACUCCUGAUGCUUCCAUCUCAAGAAACUCCCCCAGAUGUUCCUACAAUUCUGACUAUUUACAAACUAUUUUCGCUACUUUGGACGAAUUUGCCGGCUACAAUAAUCUCUUGGGUGUCUUUGCUGGUAACGAAGUCAUCGACUCCGAAAAUACCACUGCUAGUGCCAAAUACGUUAAAGCUGUUGUCAGAGAUUUGCAUAGAUACAUCCAAGCCAGAGACUAUAGAGCUAUUCCUGUCGGCUACUCUGCUGCUGAUAUCGAAGAAAACAGAUUGCUAGCUGCUCAAUACUUUGACUGUGGUGACGAUGAAGAUGCAAGAAUCGAUAUGUUGGGUGUUAACGAUUAUUCAUGGUGUGGUGAUUCAUCCUUCAGGGUCUCCGGUUACAGCGAAAAAGUCGACUUGUACUCAAAUUUCUCAAUCCCAAUUUUCUUAUCCGAAUUUGGUUGCAACACUGUCGAUGAAAGACCAUUUAGCGAAAUCGAAUCUAUUUACUCGACUGACAUGUCCUCAGUUUUCUCUGGUGGUUUAGUCUACGAAUAUUCCAUGGAACCAAACAACUAUGGUAUUGUUGAAAUCGUUAGUGACACUGAAGUUAGAAAAUUAUCUGAUUACGACAACUUAAAGGCCAUGUUAGCCAAAACCUCUGAUCCAUCGGGCAAUGGUGGCUACAAAAAUACUACAAUUGUCCAAACCUGUCCAGAUGUCGUUGAUGGCGUUUGGGAAUCUGAUAAUGAUAUACCUGACACCCCAGCCAACGCUGAGAAAUAUAUCGAAGAUGGUGCUGGUUCAGGUUUUGGUAUUGAAAUCAACACUCUUAAUGCUUGUGACGAGGACUCCUUAGAAGACUCCUCAUCUGCUUCCUCUUCAAGCAGAUCUGCAUCUUCAUCUAGUGCCACUGAUGAUGACGAAGAAGAAUCUGGCUCUUCUUCAUCCUCUUCUUCCACCGCCUCUUCAUCCGACUCGGCUGCUAUCAUCCUUGCUCCAAUUUCUUUCUACUCACUCAUCCCUUUUGCUUAUAUCAUACUUAGUGCCUUAUUUGGAUUCCACUUAGUCUUAUAAUCAUCUAAUUGAAUUGACCAAUUCAAUCAAUGCAUUAAAUCAAUUACAUAAAUUAAUAGACCAGUUUAUUAUCUUUUCUUGUGCAGGUUAUUUUAUUAUUUUUUUAAUUCUUAAAUCUAUUCUCUUUUUUAAUUCAUACUCCUACCAUAUAUCGAAUCACUAUAUAAUAUAUUUAAUUUAUCUAUUAUACUUUUAAUUACAAUCUCACUCUUAUACGCCUCCAUAAUAAGUAAUUUCUUAUCUCGGAAAUUUCUUCACACA